ACUGCCACCACCGCCGCGCCUGCCUUAGUGGCCGCGGUCGCCGCCUCCGUGCGCCAGAGCCCCGGGCCGGUCCUAGCGCGACUGGAGGGCCGGGAGUUCGAGUUUCUGAUGCGACAGCCCAGCGUCACCAUCGGCCGCAACUCGUCGCAGGGCUCGGUGGACCUGAGCAUGGGCCUGUCGAGCUUCAUCUCCCGGCGCCACCUGCAGCUCAGCUUCCAGGAACCUCACUUCUAUCUGCGUUGCCUCGGCAAGAACGGUGUCUUCGUGGACGGGGCCUUCCAGAGGCGGGGAGCGCCAGCCCUUCAGCUGCCCCAACAAUGCACCUUCCGCUUCCCCAGCACGGCCAUCAAGAUCCAGUUCACGUCCCUGUACCAUAAGGAGGAGGCCCCAGCAUCCCCCCUGCGGCCACUCUACCCUCAGAUCUCUCCACUGAAGAUCCACAUUCCGGAGCCGGACCUCCGGAGCCUUGUCAGCCCCAUCCCUUCCCCGACUGGCACCAUCAGCGUCCCCAACUCCUGUCCCGCCAGUCCUCGAGGAGCUGGGUCAUCCGGUUACCGCUUCGUUCAGAACGUGACAUCAGACCUUCAGCUGGCUGCGGAAUUUGCAGCAAAGGCCGCCUCUGAACAGCAAGCAGACACGUCUGGCGGGGACAGCCCGAAGGACGAGUCGAAGCCUCCAUACUCCUAUGCGCAGCUGAUCGUGCAGGCCAUCUCCUCGGCACAGGACAGGCAGCUAACACUAAGCGGCAUCUACGCCCACAUCACCAAACAUUACCCCUACUACAGGACUGCCGACAAGGGCUGGCAGAACUCUAUCCGACACAACCUCUCUCUUAACCGUUACUUUAUCAAAGUCCCUCGAUCCCAGGAGGAGCCUGGGAAGGGCUCCUUUUGGCGAAUAGACCCUGCCUCUGAAGCCAAACUCGUGGAACAAGCAUUCCGAAAGCGGAGACAGAGAGGCGUCUCCUGCUUCCGCACCCCCUUCGGACCUCUGUCCUCACGGAGUGCUCCAGCUUCGCCCACCCACCCCGGACUGAUGUCCCCUCGUUCCAGUGGCCUGCAGACCCCAGAGUGCCUGUCUCGGGAGGGUUCCCCCAUUCCCCAUGAUCCCGACCUAGGGUCAAAGUUAGCUUCUGUUCCAGAGUAUCGCUAUUCCCAGAGUGCCCCAGGCUCCCCUGUCAGUGCCCAGCCGGUGAUUAUGGCUGUCCCUCCCCGACCUUCCAACUUAGUGGCUAAGCCUGUCGCCUACAUGCCAGCUUCCAUAGUGACCUCACAGCAGCCCUCAGGCCACGCCAUCCAUGUGGUGCAGCAGGCCCCCACCGUCACCAUGGUGAGGGUGGUAACCACCUCCGCCAACUCAGCCAACGGGUACAUCCUCGCUAGCCAGGGCUCAGCCGGAGGCUCCCACGACACAGCAGGCACAGCCGUGUUGGACCUGGGCAAUGAGACGAGAGGUUUGGAAGAGAAACCCACCAUAGCAUUUGCCACAAUCCCUGCAGCCAGCCGAGUUAUCCAGACGGUCGCCAGCCAGAUGGCCCCAGGAGUCCCUGGACACACAGUCACCAUCCUACAGCCAGCUACACCAGUGACUAUCGGGCAGCACCAUCUUCCAGUUCGGGCUGUCACUCAGAAUGGAAAGCAUGCUGUGCCCACGAAUAACUUAACUGGCAACGCUUAUGCCCUCACCAGCCCCCUGCAGCUCCUGGCAGCCCAGGCGAGUUCAUCCACGCCAGUGGUCAUCACCCGGGUAUGUGAGGUAGGGUCUGAGGAACCAUCAGCAGCCGUCUCGGUGGCCACUAAUGCCACAUCAGCCCCAGCAGCCUCCACUACCACAUCUGCCUCUUCCAGCGGGGAGCCCGAGAUCAAGAGGUCCCGGGUAGAGGAGCCCAGUGGGACAGCCACCACACAGCCCACAGCAAUGGCAGCCACUGGCCCCCAGGGCCCAGGUACCGGCGAGUGAAGUCACCUGCAGGAAGGUGGAGUGGGACUCACGCCACAGGUGCCCAGGUGGCCAGCUGCUGCACUCGAGGACGGAGUAGAGAAGCUCACAGCUGCCUGCAGCGCGUGUGCCAUGAGGGUGGCCACCACACCUGGACAGUUUCCUUUUUAUCUCCUGUCCUCCCAUGGUUUGAAACAAAACACAUAAACACGUUCAGACAACUUGAUUGUAUGAAUCUGGGGGUUCUGUGUGUUUAUUUACCCCUCCCUCAUGCCAUCACCUCUCCCCAGUUCUUGUGGGAGAAGGUCUAGCCCAGCUCCUCAAGAACCGAUCCCAGCCAGCACCCUCAAGAAGAAUGAGUCCCAGAACUGGACAGAAGUACAGUGUAAACCCAGGCUGCUCUCCUUGGGACCCACAGAUUUCCUGUUUGUCACUGAGCAGGAAUAGACUAGAGAACAGAGAAUGGUGGCGAGAACGUCCCAGCCACAGACUGGGAUGCAGUCCUCGUCCCAAAAGUGACAUAGGUUGCGGCAUUAAUUGGAGUCAAGAGGUCUGCUUUGGCUUUGGACCCUAAAAUAUUUCUUACAGUUAAACAUGGAAUUUGGGCUCAUCUCAAACCUGAGACACACAGAAGGGUUCACAUCUUUGGGGUUCCCUUUGGUAGCCAGUUGAGUAGCUGCAGGCACUCACCCACACCAGCCCUUGGUGAACAUGCCGCUCUCCCCGAUAACUCCAAGAAGGAUCAGCGGCCCCCACACUGAUAUUAUAAAGUGCUUUGAUGGAAAAUCAGCCCAGGGCCAGUGCCCAUGGCAUCCAUUCCCACAGUACUGGCUUAGCCCAGAGCUGCAAGCUACAAUGGAUAUCCAGGAAAAGCUGGACCGCUUCAGGGGACCUCAGUCAGCCCCUUGCUCAGCAGGGAGGAUAUUGGUCUGUGCCAGUGGAAGACAGCGGGGGAUGCAUCCUGUUUCUGGCAGCUGGAGGCUCUGUGCAACGGUCUACUCACACUGCCUUCCCCUCACACAUUCCAGUUUCCUGAGCACCCUAAGACAUGUCCAGUUUGCAAAUAGAAACCCUCUCUUCUACCUGAAGCUGGGUGUCCCUGGCUGUUCCUGGCUGUUAUCCACUGGGAAGGAAACUACCUCUCUGGACAGCAGUUGGUGCCAAGUUUGAUUACAGUGUGGCAAGAACCAAAGUAUGGGGUCAGCCGAGGACUUGGAUCCCCAGAGAAAGUCCCUUUGCAUGCCUACACAAGCUACCAGCAGCACUUUCAGCACACAGCGAGUCACAGGAAUAGGAGCCACUGAAUGUUUCACUCAGUUUGGGGAUGAGAGAUGGUUCUGCGGAAGCAGUAGCAGCAGCUGCAUGGCGGGACUUCAGGGCAGCCAGGAGCUCGGUGCUGGUCCUUCUGGAUGGUAGGCCAUAAGCAACAGCAACAACGUGGACAGAGAGCCUCAGAAGUCAGCCUGUCCUUGGCCUCUUCCUCUGCCUGGGCCCAGUCAGAAGAGCAGAGAGAGCCCCGUGAGCGCUGUACAAGCUGCCUUUGCUGGAAGGGAUGCCAGUCAGUGACCUGGAGGCUACGGAGAGCAGGUGAUCAGGUUGGAUGAAUUCAGGCUCCACCCUAUGGCUGCCACUAUUGAAGACACCAGUCCCCCACACACACCAAGGACCAAUGCAGAGCACCUGCCUAGCCCUCUUGAGCUAUCUUCCAAGCUCCCCAGUCAUUUCUGUAGUACUAAACUUCAAGCUGGAAGUAAGCUGUGUUUUGUAGGCCUGUCUGUUGCCUGGGAGGUUUCCGAGAGGUGGGGCUGGGGUGGUAGUGACUGGGGGUGGGUUUUCCAGGUGGAGCUGCCCCUUGGAGUAGGCAAAGGGCACCAUCCUACAUUUCUCUGUGCCUGGCAUGAACUUGUUCUGUGUGCCUGGUGUGAGCAUGUGGCUAGGGAAGUAGGAAUGAGCUGAGCCCACAAGGGACGUUAGUGCCACCUGCCGAUCUUCCCCUCUAUUACCGUUUACUCCAAGGCUGUGUGUGCAUGGUCACGCUGCAAGGCAGAUUAAGAUCAUUUGUGGAUUGUCAUGGUAGGCACUGUGUACAGCCCCUGCAUGGAACUGUGGGUUACCAUCUGUCAUAUCUGUCAUCAGGUCUCAGUAUGGCCCUGACUAGUUUGCUCUCUUGGCUACUGAAACAUCAUGGUCUCCAUCCUCUGUAGCGAAUCCUCUCCCCAUUAACACAGGUGUGGAAGGAUGUGGAGGGAGAGAGUGGAGCACACACUGUCCCGAUGUCCUACAUAACCUUAUGUCAAAGGGUCCUAUGCCCCUGCUUGGGCAGCCUGAGCUAGAAAGGAGGAGGCUAGCCUGGUGUCAUUGCUCUGGAAGUGGAUUUGGUUAUCUACCAGGUAGCACCUGGCUUGUGCCAGCUUUUGCCCACAGCCAUUAACCCAGAGUAGCCAGUGCUCGGAGCAAGAAUCCACAGCCAUCUGGAACUUGCUCCCGUGAGUUCUGGGAAGCUAUCUAUGGAAACCAGAGCAUGGGUUAGGGGCCAUGACCAUCCACUGUAUAGACCAUGGCUGGCAACCCUGGAGAACCCCACAAAGCCCCAGGGUCGGAGAAUUGUUCAGGCACAGAUGUGAAGCCUGGUGACCUGGUCCUCAGGGCCCACAGGGGCUCCUGUCUCUGGCCCAGCUUUAUCUGAGCUUGCCUUGUUUUGGUGAGUGUUCCCUGGCAGAUCAGGUGUCUGACUGUCCGCAUGUCCACUCUGUCUUCUGCCUCAUAUCUGGGACUCGCCAGAUUCACAGAUGCUGCAAGCAAAGGAUGUCACCAUGGUGACUGGAAGCGAAGAGACCCUGCCUGAGAGCUUGCCUGCCUGCUCGCUCACUCUGUUCCUUCUCCCCUGCCUGUCUUUCCUCCUUCCUCCUCUUUCUCUUUCCCUUCCUCCCACCCCUUAUCUUCCCCCUUCUAUUCCUAUCCCUCCCUCCUUCUUGCCUUUUCUGUCUCCUCCCCUACCUCAGCUUGGCAUCCAGGGCAUGAUAAACAUGUCUGUCAACAGCUCCUGGAGCCUUGCCUUUGUGCAAGGCGGGGUAUCUGACUCAGACUCACUGUCCAUGAGGAAGCCCAUGAACCCUUCCCCUGCUUUCUAUAUCUUUAUAAUCUAGAGAUCUCCCGCCUCUGCCUCCUGCCCCACACCAGACUUGCAGGAUCUGAAAUAAUAGAUGUCACCCAUCUUUCCCCUUAAAGGGGAAAGGCCUUUCACAAUAAUCUGGGAGAGCUGGAAAUGGGCACAGCCGGGUGAUGGGGUCAGUGUCUUCCCCUUUGGGCCAUGGUCAAAGACUUAGUUAAAUGCAAGGAAGAAACCUUUCCCAUGGAGAAGUGGUGGUGGGAUGGGAUUUCCUGCUUUUCCUCAAAACCCUCCAAUUCCAUAUUGCACCACGUAAUGGUGCCCACUCUGGGGUGCACCCCCCCCCACUUUGCUGACCAAGCCCCUUCCUGUCCAUCUGAAUAGCUCAGUGCUUGCUCUAGUGUAAGUCAGAAAGUGAGUGAAUCUCUCUGUUCUGGGGAAAGAUACCUGUGUGGGAGCAUCAUGUCCCGAUCACUAGUGGUAAAGUCACCACAAUGACGACAGGGUAGCCUCUUGUUCUGGCUCAAGGUUGACAGGGCAGUCGUCUCUAGCACCUCACCUCCAGUCUCUCAGAAUACCUCUGCUUAGAAGCAAUAUUACAAAGGAUAAGUCAAGUUGUUCCAAAGAUGACCCCUGCUGACCCCAGCUUCCCUCCAGAGCAGGGCCUCCAACACGCACUUUGACUUGGAGAAGGCAGGUGAGAGCUGGGAACAGACAAGGCCAGGGCCUCCUGAUUUCCACCUGCCACUUCAGUCCUGCUCCCAACUGAAUGUUCCCUUUCAUCUUGUGAGUCCCCUGCUCCAGGCCUUGAAUUCAGGGUGGCUUUUGCAUCACCUGCUUGUUGAGUUCUGGGUUUUUGUUUUGUUUGUUUCGGUGCUGGAAAGUAAACUCAGGGCCUCGCACACGCUAGGUAAGCCCCUAGGAAAGGGCUGUUCUACCACUGAGCCAGCUCACAGCCCUUUUGAUUUUUAAACUUGAGACAGGGUCUCAUGAAGCUGCCUAGGCUGGCCUUGAACUUGUAAUCCUUGUCUCAGCUUCCUGAAGUGCUUUAUGAAGUGCCACCAUGGCCUAGUGCUCCUUGUUUUUUGUUUUUUUUUUGUACCAAAGGCUGCUGCAUUGGUGACACAGCAGGGUGUGGCCUAGAUGCCCACAGACUAGCACUAACACCCUCUUCCCACGGUCUGUGGUUUGAACAAUUUGGGGCUGUCCAAGGCACUGUCAUCCUUGGGUUACUACUUCCUUCUUCCUGCCCUCCCCAUCGCUACCCUGGAGUCACACCUGCUUGGCAAGUGGAGUUCUGUGAACCAACCUCAGGCAUUUCCUUCAAAAUAAAACACAGACCCAUUUCACAUUUCACUGACUUUGUUUAGGGAAAUAGUUUUCUACCUUUGUGUGUGUGUGUGUUUGAGACAGGGUUUCUCUGUAGCUUUGGAGCCUGUCCUAGAACUAGCUCUUGUAGACCAGGCUGGCCUCGAACUCACAGAGAUCCGCCUGCCUCUGCCUCCUGAGUGCUGGUAUUAAAGGCGUGCGCCACCACCGCCCUCUACUUGUGUUUUAAAAAAGAAACAAAAGCUACUUGAGUGGUCCUGGCUGCUGCUCCCAUCUGUUCCUCCAUUCCUCUUCUCUGCUGCUCUGAGCUUCUUUCUGGCAGGCUUUAGCUCUGCUGCUGCAGGGAACAGUUUAGAACUACUCUCCAGGUGGUCAGGGCAAAACACCCUGGCAGGGCUGUCCCACAGAUGAAGCCAACUACAUGCCUUGUUCAGAGGUGCCACCAGCGUGAGGCAGGACAGAGGGUCCUCUGAACUUCUUGGGGAGAGGAAGUGUCCAACUAGAGGGCAGCAUGGCAGGAGCUAGGCGGAGAUGAGCUGGCAGGACUGGAAGCCGAGGGCUGCCUCACCUCCAUUUUAACCUCACAGCUAGUGCAGGCCAUGGUAAAGAGAACAGAUCCCUUAAGCAUGGACGUCUCUUUCUCCAGGAAGAAACUUCACUUGGAGGGCUUCACUCACCAUGAAGUGGUGUGUGUGUUUCUGUUCUUGGGUUCAACCACCAAACACAGGCUUCCUAGGACCCCCAGGCCAACCCCCACCUCAUGAGAGUUGAAGGAGUGAAAUAGCUUGCUGCUUACCUCUGAAUCCUUGCUCCUUUGACUACUCACAAGGUGAAGGGGUGGCGUGGAGGAACCUGGGUCGCAGGAGCCGAGGAGAGGCUGGAGGGUGGCCAGGGGCCAGGCUUGGUCCAUGCCCCUGCAUUUGGCGCACUUGCCACUGGCAGGAACCUCAGACUGCCCCUAGGGCUAUACUGACCCCGCUAGAGCGAGCCCCAUGAUCCACUAAGUAUCCAUGUUCUCUGUCCUGUAUGUAUCCAAAUGACACCCUGGCUUCUUGAGUCUGAAUUGGCUGGUCUAGAAUUUUUAUUUUUAAUUGGUAAAGUUGAGAAUUUAAAAAAAAAUCUAACAUUUUAAUUUUGGCCCUUCUUCCCUUCAUAACAUCCUUCCUGGAGGUAUCUGGGAUUCCUGGGCUGGGCAAAGGUGGUGGGGACAGGAAGGAGAGACUCAAACUGUCUUCCAGGUCUCCCCUUGAAUUCUGCUGUGUCCUGGAGAGGGGGACAGCAGCUGUGCACGUGUGAGGGAGGGGCUAAAGCCAAUAGUGAGGUCGUUCUUUUUCUUAACUGAAUGAUAAUUCUGUAAAAGUAAUUGGGGGGAGGGUGUUCAGGGAGUAUGUAUGUGUGUGUGUGUGUGUGUGUGCGCGUGCGCAAUGUGUGGUUUUUUUUUUUUUUAUAGUGGCUGUCUAAAAUGUUUCCAUGAUAUGUUUAACACAUAGUGCUUUAAAAGCAGUGGUAUCCUAUGUGCUGGGAAUCCUGGUUCCAAAGAUGAGACGUGCCCCACCUCAGUGGUUGAAGGUCUCGCUCAGGAGGCAGGGGUAACGGUUGGGAUCAGAAAGACCUGUGAACCCACAUCCCAAGCAGCACCACCUGGGCGGUCAUUUCAGAUGGGAUACAGUAUUUUUUAUAACAGAACCAUCCUUUUUUUAAAAAAAAAAAAAGUUUGACACCUGAAUGUGAUUUCUAACUAUUAUUAGAUGUUAAUGUUUUAAAGCUAUAACAGUGGAAAAUUUCUACUUCCUUUUUCAUCCAUUUGAACUGUUCUUUUAUCUAUUCGAUUGUUGUAUGUGGGUGGGGAAGCUCUGUAUUCUCCUCUUAGCAUUUGUUUCUAUAACCAGAAAUAAAAAUUAUAUAUUAAAGAUA